AUGGUCUGGACGGUGCUUCUGCUCCAGCUCCUGGCGCUCAGCUCAGGGGUGGAUUCUCAGACUGUGACCCAGGAGCCGUCCGUGUCCGUAUCUCCAGGAGGGACAGUCACACUCACCUGUGGCCUGAGCUCUGGGGCAGUGUCCACUAGUAACUACCCCAGCUGGUACCAGCAGACCCCAGGCAAGCCUCCCCGCCAGCUCAUCUACAGCACAAGCAGCCGUCUCUCUGGUAUCCCUGCUCGCUUCAUUGGCUCCAUCUUGGGGAACAAAGCCGCCCUCACCAUCUUGGGGGCCCAGCCUGAGGACGGGGGAGACUAUCACUGUGCUCUGUACAUGGGUAGUUACACUUACACGGUGAUGUAA